AUGGAAAAAACAAAAAGAUCACGGACUAGUAGUCUUCAUAAUUCUAACAAUAUUAAAAGAAGAAAAAUAAAAGGUAAAAGUUCUUUUGGAAUAUUAGCCUUAUCAUAUCGAUAUUUUUUAGUAAAAACAGUUGAAACAGAUGAGUUCGAUGAUAGAAUUUAUUUGAAUUUAUCAAAAGAAUCUGUUACUCAUUUUGAAGAUUUAUCGAAUGAAAUUAUCUAUGAAAUAUUUGAAUAUCUUGAUUAUUUGCAUGUUUAUCAAUCUUUUUUCGAUCUUAAUAUACGAUUUCGAAAAAUUUUUACUAAUUCAAAUUUUCCUAUCAAAAUUAAUAUAUCAUCCAUAUCAAAAUCGAUUUUUCAACGUUAUUAUACACAUAUAAUUAUUCCUUAUCAACAUCGUAUUAUUUCACUUUCUAUAGUAAAUUUCCUUAGUUUUGAUCUUGAUAUUUCACCACAUCGUAUUCUAUCAACAUUUACUCGAUUGAAAACACUCAUUCUUGUAAAAAUUAACUCCGAAUAUCUUGAAAAUAUUCUCGAAGACAUUGCUUCUUUACCUAAUCUUUCGUCAUUAACUAUCAUUCCUAUUGAUUACGUUAAAAAUGCCAACGAUCUUCUUCUUCAAAUAUUUCGUUUAUCCGUAUUAAAAUAUUGCAAAAUAUCAUUCAAAAAUGAACAUACCAACUUUGAUCUAUUGCCUUUCGCUACGAAUGAAUACAGCAGUCCAACUGAACAAUUUGUUAUUAAACAUCAGAUUGAUGUUAAUAAUCUUGAUAGAUUAUUAUCAUAUGUUCCACAACUUCGUCGUUUAUCGCUUGAUCGUCUUGGUGGAUAUUACAAAAAUCGAUUAAAUCAUCCCAUUGCAUUGAAUUAUUUGACACAUUUGUUUCUCAAAUUAAUUCAUUUUACUUUUAAUGAUUUUGAACUAUUGAUUAAAAAUUUAUUUUGUACAAUUCAAGUCUUACAUCUUUAUAUAGAAGAUGGUGAAGAAUAUUUAAAUGCUGAACGAUGGAAACAAUUAAUAUUAUCUUAUAUACCAAAUUUACGUAUCUUUGAUAUUCAGUGUAUUUAUUCUUUUGUUAUUAAUAAGAAUGCUCAGCUGAGAUUUGAUUUUCUAUUCGAUCAAUUCACUUUGCCAUUUUGGUUCGAACGACAAUGGUUCUUUGCUCGUCGAGAUUAUUUUAAAUAUGGUUAUCACAAUAGCAUCUUCUAUUCCACAAAUCCUUAUAGGCGAAAAGAUUACAAAUUAGUCAGGAAAUUGAAUCAAUAUACUCGUUUAGAAAAUCAAGAAACAAAUCUAAGUUCAGUUCGUCAUGUUCAUAUUUCAGAUGACGAAGCAAUCAUUAAUUGUAUUAAUCAUUUUCUUAAUGUUACUGAUCUUACUCUCAAGAAUAUUUCUGCUCGAAGAUCAGAUUCGUUUAUAAUUAAUCUUAAACAUAUUAUUUCUUUGAAAAAUUUAACUAAACUAAUCAUUGAAGAUGACGAUUAUUCAUUUGAAAGAUUGAUUGAAUUAUUAUCAUUAACACCAAAUAUCCAUAUAUUGAAAAUUCAAUCCAUAAUACUGAACCGAAAAGAUCUUUUAACAAUUCAGAAUAGUGAAAAUUUUCGAUUAGUAAUGAAUGGAAAUACAAUUAGAAGUUUAACAGUUAAACAAAUAUGUGAAAUAGAAAAAAUCGAACUACUUUUUAUACUGUGUUCUCGAUUGCAACAUUUCACGAUCGAAGAACCUUGGACACGUGUUGACGAAUUAGUACGAUUACUGCUCUCAAAAAACAAUAACAAUACUCGUCAUCUAUUUUCAUUAUCUAUUUCAAAUGAAAAUAAAAGAUUACCGAAUAAAUUAAACACUUUAAUUCAAGCAGGAAAAUUGUUGGAUAAUUAUUUUAUUAAAUCUGAUUAUCCUAAAAUCUACUUAUGGUGGUAA